CGGCUGAUUCUGUGCGUGGCACAGACCUGUCCGCCCCCUUUCCAGUGCGAGGCAGCGCUUGAGCGAGGCUGCGUGUUUUCUGCUGUGUGGCAGCGGCGGCACCGUCGGUGUUUGCGGCACCGGGAGCUCCUCGACCAGAGGCGCACUUGGAUCAGCAGAUCCCCGCAGACGGAUGGUAGGAUCGAGAUGAACAGAAAGCAUGAUGAAGUAGUCACCAGUCAGCUGUCAAAGGUGAAGCUUGCUGAGUGACAUGGAAGCACCGCCGGGGAGCAGCUUCUGGGAGCCCACCUCGGUCACACGGGAGUGACCACCUAACCGGUUGGGAUGGCAGCAUCCAGUAACUCAAGCCUCUCAGGUUCAUCCGUGUCCUCCGACCCUGAUGAUUAUCAGCCGCCUAUAUGGAAGUCCUACUUGUACCAACUACAGCAGGAAGCCCCGCGACCAAAGAGGAUCACAUGUCAUCAGGAGAUGGAGACCAGACCCAAGUACUAUGGCAGAGAAUUUCAUGGUAUGAUUUCUCGAGAUUAUGCGGACAAGCUGCUGGCAGCAGUAGAGGGUGCUUAUCUCAUCAGGGAAAGCCAAAGACAGCCAGGGACACACACCUUAGCCUUGAGGUACCAAAACCUUUCCAGAAGCAUUCAAGGGUUUGGUCAUCAGACCCUGAACUACAGAUUGUUUUAUGAUGGGAAACACUUUGUUGGGGAGAAGAGGUUUGAGUCUGUCCACGACCUGGUGACGGAUGCUCUCAUCACUCUUUACAUCGAGACCAAGGCAGCGGAGUACAUUGCCAAGAUGACCACCAACCCCAUUUAUGAGCACCUCGGUUAUACGUCGCUGCUCAAAGACAAGAUGGUGCACAGACUGAGCCGUGGACGUGCCGAACCACGCAGGGUCACCUUCCAGAGAGAGGAGAGGAUUUCCUCACCUCUGGUGCGACACAGCGCUCUGAAAGACACACCUGAGAAGCAAACCUCCUAUGAAAAAAUCCAUAACUUCAAGGUACAUACCUUCAGAGGCCCGCACUGGUGCGAGUAUUGUGCAAACUUCAUGUGGGGCCUCAUCGCCCAGGGUGUCCGCUGCUCAGACUGUGGGCUGAAUGUACACAAACAGUGCUCCAAACUGGUUCCCAGCGACUGCCAGCCGGACCUGCGCAGGAUAAAGAAAGUGUUUAGCUGUGACCUCACCACGCUGGUCAAAGCUCAUAACACCACACGGCCCAUGGUGGUGGACAUGUGCAUUCGGGAGAUAGAAAUGAGAGGAAUGAAAUCGGAAGGUCUCUACAGAGUGUCUGGCUUCUCAGAGCACGUCGAGGAUGUGAGGCUUGCUUUUGACCGAGAUGGCGACAAGGCCGAUAUUAGUGCCGGUGUCUAUGCAGACAUCAACAUAAUUGCUGGUGCUUUGAAGCUCUACUUGAGAGACCUGCCUAUUCCAGUUAUUACAUUUGACUUGUACUCCAGAUUUAUUCAAGCUGCAAAACUUUUAAAUGCUGAGUCCAGACUGGAAGCUGUCCACGAGGGGUUGCUGCAGCUUCCUCCAGCGCACUAUGAAACCUUACGUUACCUGAUGGCUCACCUGAGGAGGGUUACAAUGUUUGAAAAGGACAACCUAAUGAACGCGGAGAACCUGGGGAUUGUGUUUGGUCCGACUCUCAUGCAGCCACCGGAGCAGAACGCCUUGAUAACCCUGAACGACAUGAGGCAGCAGAAACUGGUGGUGCAGCUGAUGAUAGAGAACGAAGAUGUCUUAUUCUAAAGAACGAGGCAUGCAUGCCUUAUAAGAGAAGUGACGGACAAUUAUUUAUUCUGUCAAAGAGGAAAUUCAAGCCACCUUGAUUCCAAUGAAGACUUGGAAAAGUUUGCAAUCAAACUGACCUUGAAAGACUUUCCGUUUCAAACGACAGUUUUAGUUUACGUCAAUUUAGUGUUGACAUUAUCUCAUUAUUGCAAGUUUUGGGGAUGAAUACUUGGCCACAAUCAUGGUUUUUAUUGUAGGAAAUGGUCUUGUAUUUGAGCUACUUGCAGUGCUGAUCCCUCCUGUCUGUAGUUUGAAGACUGUUACUACCUGGUGUAGACUCAGUCGUGAUGAUACUGCUGUAUGAAAUCUGUCGUGGACAGAUCCCAAUCUGUGGCGUCCUGGUGCUGUGUAACCAAGCGCCGCAGUCCUUCAUUCAUCCACAUGACGUACAUACUUCGAGAAUGUUGGAUAACAUGUAAAGAUACGAUGUGGAUCCUUUCUUUGUAGAUAAAAUCAGAUCAUGUAGUGAUCAAUGCUUACUGUCUGUACUAAAGAUAAGAAAUGAGACAAUUGGGCACUCAUGAAGCACUUUUUUGCAGCAAGUGUAAAAUGUAUUUUGUAAAGAUGUUUAUAUUUGUUUUUCUUUACUUUUUUGUGACAAUAAUGUAUGCUGUUGAGAAUGAUGUUCGUCAAAUUAACUGUAGAAUGGUUUGUGAGAGAAAAGGACAGCAGCAGUUUGUGGAUCUUUCAUUUGUGGUCUUUCCAGCAUUCUGUGAAAAACACACCAGUCGAUUCAUCUCUGAUCAGUUAUUCAUGUUUGAUUUGAAGGCUGCACAUGUGGAAAACUCUUUUGUACGCCUGCUGGUUUCCAGUGUUGCAGGAUUUCAGUGUAAAAGUUGUAACCUGGGAUAUGUUCAAGCAAAAAAUAAGAUAAUUGUCUAUUUUUCCUCAUCUCUCUAUUGUUUUUUUUUUUAAUGCCAGUAACAUCUACAGGUGCAGCAGGAGUCGUCAUUGACUUUGCAAACACCAUUGUCCAAUGCACCAAAAACUGUGCCAUGUAUGUUCUUUUCUCACUUGGUGUAAUGUGAUUAUUGAAUUCUUUCUAUGGAUCCAUUUUAUCAAAAUGUAUUUUUGUGACAGUUGCAGUUAAAAUUGUAAUUUAUGAAAUGAUUUAUUAAAAGA